AUGCCACUCGCCGAUCCAAGUCCCGCACUCCGUCGGGCAGCCCCGGACAGCAGUGCCACACUUCCAGAGCCUGACCUAGUGCUUUCCCCGACAGGCUUCCUCCCCACCCCCGCGGAUCCAGUCUCGCAGGAUUCGACCCAUGGAGUUCCUCCGCAACCCGCCAGCACCAGCCCCUCGUGCUCCAGUUACUUGCACUUCUCCUCGCAGGAGGAGGAAUAUCUGUAA